GGCUCGCAGUGAGUGGGUGUGGGAGGGGCGGAGCUGUACGGGCUCGAGGAGGAGGGGCCGAGGCUGCGGCCACCAGAGCCCGGCUUGGUCUGGGAAACCUGGGGGCGGGGCGGACAGGGCGCCCUGCGGCCGGCGGGGCGCGCUAGUGGUCGGGUCUGGCCACCUUGAGGCUCGCGCUCGUGCCGGUCAGUCGGUCGUCUGGGCCUGCGCGGGGCCCGGGCCCAUGGCGGCGUCCGCGGUUCUGUCGGCGGCGGCGGCGGCGGCGGCCCUGUCUGGCCUGGCGGUGCGUCUGUCGCGCUCGGCGGCGGCCAGCGGCUCGUACGGCGCCUUCUGCAGGGGGCUCACGCGCACGUUGCUCACCUUCUUCGACCUGGCCUGGCGGCUGCGCAUGAACUUCCCCUACUUUUACAUCGUGGCCUCGGUGAUGCUCAACGUCCGCCUGCAGGUGCGGAUUGAGUGAGCGGCGGCAGAGGCCCGGCUGGAGGGGCGCCCUUGUCCCCGCCCGCCCCCCGCCGGGUCCCAGGCAUAAAGGACAGCUGGGCCGCGGCGGGGGUCGGGGGCGGGGCGGCCCGGGCCCCUGGACUCUAGACCUCCGCCGCCCCGGCGCUACCGCCCAGCCCUGGCCCUGGCCCCGGGCCCAGCCCCGGUUUCAGCCCGGGGGUACCAGAUCGCGCAGAAACGCACUGAACGGGGCCCUGCCAUCGGGCUCCAGAAACUACCUGGGCUCGGCCGACCUGUUGCCUCAUAUUGGCCAAAGAGGGGGAAACCGGAAGGAGGGAAUUCUGCUGCGGCGACUUGACUUUCCAGGCCCCGAGCAGAAAGGCAUUGGCGUUUGUAGACCGUGACCUGCCCCUUCUCUGGCCUUGCCUGGGGGCACCGCUGGCCCUGGACCUGCCUGGGCAGAGGCCGAGUGAAGGGCCUGAACAGGAGGAGAGGAAGGGCCUUCCUAGGAGAGGCACAGCACGGACAAAGGCUCAUGGGGUGGGGGUGCCCAGUGAUCCGGGCCUGGCUCGGGAAGGGAGGCCCGAGUUCCCUGGGAACUGAAAUCUGCUAGCAGCACUGUGAAGGAGUACAUUUUCCCCUCCUGACAGAGGAAACCGAGGCUUCGGGGAGGUGGGGGAUUUGCCCUUGACACGCAGAUAGGAGGAGGAGGAAUUGAGUGUGCCCCUGGGCCUGCAGGCCCCCACACCCCUCCCCAGUCUUCUCCAAGACCUGGCAUGGUGGGAGGAGGGAGGGGGAAGCAGAGAGGAAGCAUAGGGCUCCUAGGGCACCAAGGGAGACAGGGACCCGGGGAAGGGAAUCUGGGGAUCUAGCUUUCCUUGGAGCAGUAUGGAAGGUAACAGGGAAGAUCAGGACAGCCAGCUGAGAUGGGAGACUGGAGACAUGGGCCCCAGGACCCCUGGAUAGCCAGGCUCUCCCCCACAGAACCUAGCUUCCCCACCCCACCUGGAGCUUCACCAAGGGCUCCUCAGCAGUGAAGUGGCACAAGCCUCCCAGUUUGGUGGCCGAGUGGAGGUGGUGGUGGUGGUGUGGCUCCUGGAGACACGACAUAACCAGGAGGUGAGAAGGGAUAAACCAGGGGUGGGCCUGGGCUGAGACUCAUGGCAUGACCCCAAUUCUCUCUCCUGAAGCUUGACCCACCAUGCCCAGGAUCACACAGGAGAAUCUCAUCCUCACAGCUUGGAUUGAUCCUGGGGGCCCCCUGGUGUGCUGCUAACUGGUGUACCACAAUGGUCAGCAGCAGCCCAGAGGGGAGCCAGGAAGAGACCCUUGCCCUCACCUUCUAUCCCCAUUUCUGCAUCUCUUGCACUGGUACCCCGGGGUCCACGUUCCCAGUUCCUGGGACUGAAAACUCCAGCAGUCUAGCCAGCUCCAGGGACACAGUGGCCCAGCCACCUACCAUGUACCCUUCUCAGCUGCCCGCUGGACCCAGGUUCUGAAUGAAGCUGUCCACCUGCCUCACCCCAGAAGAGGCUGGAUGGUGGCUGCCUCGUGCCCCCUGCAGUUUCCCACAGCUAGGGCCUGAUGGCAUGCCUCCUUGUGCCAAGUCUUCUGGGAAUCCCUGACCCUGCUGGCCGCUCUCAUCCACCUCUACCCUGUCCACCCUGGACCCCCUCUGGGGGCCUGUCAGCCUGCUGGUCCCCCUUACAGAUCUCUGGGGGUCAGCCUUCGUGGGACAAGAGUGACACAGGGCUGGAGGAGAGAAAUGAGGGGCCUCCUGGUGUCUGAUGCACAGAUGUGGCCCUUUCAAACCCUGAUGUCACCCUCUGGGUGACUGGAUCCCCAGCUCCAGCCUCUUCCUGGGCCAGUGAGGAAGGGUGGAGGAAAGCUCUUCUUUGAGUGCAUAUGUGGGUGUCGGGGGAUGCCUGAGCCCUCCCGGUGCAAGGGGCUCGGCAUGGUACCCUGGAAGCUGCUUCUCUACUGGGAGAAAUGCGUGUCGGAGCUGCAGGGUACCCCACCCUCAGAGAUCCCCCUCCCACUGCAGGGAGCCCCACCCCAUAAGAGGGGCACGGAAGUCCACGUCUGCCCACCCACGGUGGCUUCUGCUGUGGCUGUAUUGGCCUAGAGGGGCUGGUUGGGGAGGGCAGGGCUGAGCCCUCAGCAUCUGCUCCUGUCCCUGCUUUUUCACUUCUGCGGCCUGAAGUGGUAGCCCCGCCUGCUGCUCCUCCACCUCCCUCCCUUUCUCUUCUCUCCCCAACGGGGUCCUUGCUGUGUGACAGGGUCUCCAUGCACUUUAUUUAUUUGCAGUCUGUUUUCCAGGCAGCGGAGCUUCUACAAAUGCUGACACCGACCGGAAUGACUUCUGCUUUUCUGUAUGUGAUUUACUGUAUACUGGUCAGCACAGGCUGGCCAGAGAGAUGUUCUUGUUUCUGGUGUUGUCAUGUCUUGUUUUCUCUAAGUUAAAAAAAAAAAAAAAAAAAAAAAAAAACCCUUGAUUUAAUACACUAAAAUCCCAA